UAUGUAUGAAGAACGUUGAUAUGUAUUUGUGCACCUAUAUUACUGGAUUUAGAUAUAAAUUCAAACGGGUUUUUUAUCUAAUUCGUCGCAUCAUCCGUACAAAUCUGCCUCUGGAACCGCGUUUCUUCACCGAUUUUAUAACACUAGUCACUAUCGAAUAUCAUGUAUCACAACUGUGUUACUUUUUCGCACUUUCAUUAGUUAUUUUUUACUCGUUUUAUCAUGUUAGUUCUCUGUUUAGUGAUUUUUUCGCUAUGUUUGAGUUUUUCUAGACAAGAUUUAUUGUACGAAUUAGCUUUGAAGCAAGGAUUGAAUUUCACCGAAGCUGAAAGUAUUCUGGAAUAUGAAAGACAUGGAACUAAAAGACAGGCACCCUUCAGGUAUAAAUCAGGAAUCCCUCAAAGUAGAAUCUGUGGCAUAAAUGGAAGAUCUCUGAACCGUAUUAGACGACAAAAUACUGUAGAAGAUGAACGUCCUCAAGGCAGCGAAGACUGGCCUUGGAUGGCUUUACUCGUGAGCAAGAGUGACGGCCCGGGGUACGGCGACUGGUUCUGCGGAGGGAGCUUACUCAAUAGCAGAUAUGUUCUGACGGCUGCUCAUUGUUUUUAUUCGAAAGGAGCGCGGAGCAAAGAUGAGAGCGAUUUUUACGUACGUUUAGGAGAAUAUGACACUGGUGAUUAUGCGGAAACUGAAACACAAGAAUUUGAUGUGGACAAACUGAUAGUACAUCCUGAAUACGAUCCCGCAGUAAAUAUUAAUGACAUAGCUAUUCUCAAAUUGAAUCAGACCGUUCAAUAUACCCAAUACGUCAGGCCUAUUUGUCUGCCUGGAGCCGAACCUCGUGUUAAUGAAGACACCAUUGUAGCUGGUUGGGGUUUAACAGCCUACCAAGGUAGUAAAAGCCAUCUAUUACUAUACGUCGAUUUACCAGUUAGGGAUCUCAACGAAUGCAGAGAUGCGCUAUUUGAUUCACCUGUUCACGAUUCAAAUAUCUGCGCAGGACCUGAAACUGGUGGCAAAGACUCAUGCAACGCAGACUCCGGUGGCCCACUCAUGUACCAAGGGAACGGGAAACGUUGGGAAAGCGUCGGAAUAGUAUCCUGGGGACGAAGAUGUGGCGAAGCAUAUCCAGGUGUUUAUACUUCGGUGGUGAAAUUCUUAAAGUUUAUAGGAGAUAUUAUUACUCACGCUUCUGCGUAACUCGACACAGAUUAGACUUCGUUUACAAGAGAUUGUAUUUAAAUAAUUUGGCUACUUACGAUACAUAAAAAGCAAUGUCGACAGAUAAAAAAGAACAUUUAGGUACGCAAUUUACAUAAUUACAAAAUAAAAAAUAUGAUAAAAACCUACCCCCGAUGAGUAAUAAUUAUUUACCGCUAUUCAACAACGUCGGAUUCAUCCAAAUAUCUGUGACCGAAGUUCCGUCGAUUUUCACGUCGCUAAAAUAUCUCAAGGUAUCUUUCACUUGAUACCAGCUACCGUUCGGAUUCGACGAACUAUUCGUAUCGCUACAACAAGACGAAACAUCGGUCGUCGUGCUGCAAUCUGACGACUGCGAUAAAGGUAAACUAUCCGAGGUGCUAUCGUCUUCGUAAAUUUUUAUUUCAAAACACGAGCAAGAUUGCGGAUUGUGGUGCGUUUCUUGAAACGUAAUUACAGCUUGUUUUCCUUUGGUUGGUAAACGGAAUCCGUUACGUAGAAUGAAUGAAUUCGAGUUUAACGAAUGAUCCGGUUUCAUUUUCAACAUCACGUGUAAAUUACCAGUGCAAUUCGAGCUAAUUAAGUCGUAGAAUUGCUCCGAAUUUAUCAUCGAUCUG